AUGGCCGCCUCCACCGUGCCCGGCUACUCGCCCGGUUUCAAGAAGCCGCCGGCGAUGCUGCGGCUGAAGCGCAAACGGCUGCGGAGGAACGAGCCCGCCGCCGCCGCUCCCUCGCCCUGCGGCGCGGCCCCGCGGGCCCCCUCCGCGCCCGCCCGCCGCAACCCCUUCUCCAGCCUGGACAACGCGCCGCGGGCGGCCGGCACGCCCCAGCCGCUGGAGCGGGCCCGGCGGCCGUCGCCACCGGCGGGCGGGUCCCCCUCGGCAGCGCCAUUCUGGCAGCUUUUAGAGGCUGUCUGUGAAGAUAAGCCCACCAGGAGAGCAGAGCCCUCUGAAAGAACUGACAUCUUCACCCCAACCCAUGACCUUCAUUUACCUGUUGCUAUACCCGAAGUUCCCUCCUCACCAAGACAUGAAUUUCCUGCAGACUGGAGUAUUAAAACACGACUUCUGUUUAUGUCUUCCCAACCUUUUACCUGGGCAGAGCAUUUAAAAGCACAAGAGGAAGCUCAAGGAUUUGCUCAGCAUUGUAGAGCUACAGAAACAAACCUGCCACAGAGCAUACAGGAACCAAAACUGUCGACAGAACUGCGUUGUGCCUUUCAGCAAAGCCUCGUUUACUGGCUUCACCCUUCACUGCCAUGGCUGCAGCUGUUCCCUCGGAUUGGAGCAGACAGAAAAAUAGCUGGAAAGGCUAGUCCUUGGUCACAGGAUGAAGCCUUGCAACAAGUGCUAAUGAGUGACUGGUCUGUCAGCUUUACUUCUCUGUACAAUCUGCUCAAAGCCAAACUGUGUCCCUACUUCUACGUAUGUACCUACCAGUUUACUGUCCUGUUCCGUGCAGCUGGUCUUGCGGGAAGUGACGUUAUCACAGCUGUAAUUUCUCCCACAACUAGAGGUUUAAGGGAAGCCAUGAGAAAUGAAGGCAUAGAGUUUUCUUUACCUUUGGUAGAAGAAAGUAGAACCAGGAAACAGAAAAACUCUGAAGUGAAUUUGGAAACAGAAGUUGCUAACAGCCUCGAAGUGGGCAACAGCAUGGAAGAUGGAGAGGAACCAGCUCCAAGCGAUGAUGAUGAUGAAAGUUUCUCUUGGCUGGAGGAGAUGGGAGUCCAAGACAAGGUUAAGAAACCAGAUGCUAUUUCUAUUAAACUUCGUAAGGAGAAGCACGAGGUGCAGAUGGAUCACAAACCCGAAUCCCUUGCAUUAGUGAAAGGAACAAACACAUUCACCUUGCUGAACUUCUUGAUAAACUGUAAGAGCCUAGUGGCUGUUGCAGGUCCACAAGCAGGGCUCCCACCAACUUUGAUGUCCCCUGUUGCUUUCCGAGGUGGAACAAUGCAAACGCUCAAAGCUCGAAGUAUAAAUGCCAAAGCCAGGGUUCACUUGGCGUACGAGGAUAUAUUCAGUUUGGAGAUCGUAGGCCCUGUCAUGCCUCAUUCCCUGCAUUCAUUGACCACGCUGCUCAAGUCCGCACAGAGGGGAGCAUUCUCUGCUGUAUUAUACACACAUGAGCCAACUGCUGUGUUCAACACUAAUCUUGACAAUGCAAGCCCUGCCUUAAAUAAGGAAGCCGUACGCAAAGAUCUUCCUGCGUGUGGACUGCAUCCUAAGACUUUGGAUCAACUGAGUCAGUGCCCAACAUUGGGAAAAUCUUCCAUCCGAUUUCUGGAAAUGAAGGAUUAUGCUUAUACCUGGAAGUCCUAGGUACACUAGUUCCAUUUAAUGGAAAAGAAUGCUCCCUAGUGGGCAGUUGCUGUACUUCAUUCGGGUCUACACGGGCAGCACCUAUGCAGUACCGGGAGGGAUACAAUCUAGCUGUGCAUCACAGACAACAACUAUUGCACAUCACCCAUCAUAAAACACUUUAAAGGACUUUUAAAGGAAACAAAGGAAAACGCCUUGGACAUCUCCUUUUGUAUUUUAGAAAGCCUUUUUUAAAUAAAGCUUGAUAAAACAUGA